CUUAAAAACACAAAAUUCUAAAACUAAAUUGCAAAUUUACUAUAUAAAAUAUUAUUAAAAUAAAAGGACAGAACCAAAGGGAGUGAGAAGAGAGAGAAGAGAAAAGAGGUGGUGUCGGCUUCGACCAAACACGACCUUAAUCUUAUCAUCCACGGAUCCCAAUCCGAAAUCGAUCCUCUCAAAACCCUAAUUAACUUAUUCCAGUUUACGAUUCAUUCCGCCUGCUCAUUUCUCUCAGCUGAUCAGCUCUGAGGAAAAGCUUCAGGGGUGGGAGAACAUUUGUUUAGUUUUGCUAUGACAUUCUCAGCUUCCAAUCAUCCCCAAGGCUGUUCCCGGAUAGGGACGUCUGGUGAUGCUUUGUAUAAGGAACUAUGGCAUGCUUGUGCUGGACCCCUUGUCUCCCUUCCACGUGAAGGGGAGCAAGUCUAUUACUUUCCACAGGGUCACAUGGAACAGCUUGAAGCGUCAAUGCAUCAAGGGUCAGAGCAGCAAAUGCCUUCAUUCAAUCUGCCAUCCAAAAUCCUGUGUAAAGUUGUUAAUGUUCAGCUUCGGGCUGAACCUGAAACAGAUGAAGUUUAUGCACAAGUUACCCUCCUUCCGGAAGCAGAUCAAAGCGAGGUAACAAGCCCAGAUUCUCCACUGCCAGAAACUCAGCGGUGUACAGUCCAUUCAUUUUGCAAGACACUUACUGCGUCUGACACAAGCACACAUGGUGGAUUCUCUGUCCUUCGGAGGCAUGCUGAUGAUUGUUUGCCACCACUGGAUAUGUCCCAGCAGCCUCCGUGGCAAGAAUUGGUUGCAGCUGAUUUGCACGGAAAUGAAUGGCAUUUUCGGCACAUAUUUCGAGGGCAACCUAGGCGGCACUUGCUCACAACUGGGUGGAGUGUUUUUGUUAGUUCUAAGAAAUUAGUAGCUGGUGAUGCCUUUAUAUUCCUAAGAGGUGAAAAUGGAGAGCUGCGUGUUGGAGUAAGGAGACUCAUGAGACAACCAAGCAACAUGCCAUCGUCUGUUAUUUCUAGUCACAGCAUGCAUCUUGGAGUUCUAGCUACUGCUUCUCAUGCUAUUGCAACUGGGACACUAUUUUCUGUCUUCUACAAGCCAAGAACAAGUCGAUCUGAGUUCCUUGUAAGUGUCAACAAGUACCUUGAAGCGCACAGUCACAAACUCUCUGUUGGAAUGAGGUUUAAGAUGAGAUUUGAGGGUGAGGAAGUUCCUGAAAGAAGGUUCAGUGGCACAAUUGUUGGUGUUUGCGAUAAUACAUCACCUGGAUGGGCAAAUUCUGAGUGGCGAUCACUAAAGGUCCAAUGGGAUGAGCCCUCUUCAAUAUUGCGACCAGAUAGAGUAUCCCCAUGGGAAUUGGAGCCACUGGUGGCAACUACUCCCCUAAACUCCCAACCUGCACUGAGGAACAAGCGGGCGCGACCUCCUGUUUUACCUUCGCCGUCCCCAGAUCUUUCGGCACUAGGUGAGUGGAAAUCCCAAGUUGAGUCUCCUUCAGCUUUCUCCUAUAGCGACCCACAACGUGGCCGUGACAUUUAUCCAUCACCCAAGUAUAAUUCUGCUUCAAAAGCCAAUUCUCUGUGUUUUACUGGGAAUAAUUCUUUGGCUGCUGUUUCUGGGAACUCAAUGUUUUGGUCUAAUCGAGUUGAUGGUGUAACGGAGUCUUUCUCACCCAUUACGAACAAAGAUUCUGGGGAAAGGAGACAAGGCGGUGGGAAUGGAUGUAGACUGUUCGGAAUCCAGCUACUUGAAAACUCUAAUGUAGAGGAGUCUUCACCUGUGGUUAUGGGGUCUGGGAAAUUGGGGGAUAUUCGACCAAUUUCAUCAUUUGAUGCCGAAUCUGACCAACAUUCCGAACCGUCAAAUGUCAAUCGAUCUGAUCUCCCUUCAGGAAGUUGUGAUGCUGAGAAGUCGUGCUUGAGAUCACCUCAGGAAUCGCAAAGCAGGCAAAUCCGGAGUUGCACCAAAGUUCACAUGCAAGGGAUUGCUGUUGGACGAGCCGUAGAUUUGACACGGUUUGAGCAGUACAAGGAUCUGCUUAAGAAACUGGAAGAGAUGUUUGAUAUUGAGGGUGAGCUCUGUGGAUCUACAAAGAAAUGGCAGGUUGUGUACACCGAUGAUGAGGAUGACAUGAUGAUGGUUGGGGAUGAUCCAUGGCAUGAGUUCUGCAGCAUGGUUAGGAAGAUUUUUAUCUAUACAAUAGAGGAAGUCAAGAGGUUGUCACCCAAGAUAAAACUUACACUCAAUGAAGAGGUCAAACCAGGAAAGCUAGAUUCUGAAGCAGCAGUCAACACCGAAGACCAGUCAUCCAUAGUGAGACCUGCAUACUGAUCUGCCCCCGUGUCUCUAGCUAUAUAAUGAAAAAUUGAAAAAAAAAUAAAAAUUGGAAAAUGGAACUGGAUUGUCACGUGAGAUUCUGUCUGCUAGGAUGAUGCUAUCUAUGACAAACUACACAUGCUGGAAGAAUUGGUUGAGUUUCCCAGCAUGCUGAAAUGGAGGGGGGCAGUGGCCUGUAAUGCACAUGCAAUCUGGAGAGUCACUGCUCGUGACAGGGUUUGGGUGUUAUGGUUAUUGGUUGUCUAGCUUUGCCAAGAGGAUCUCAUAGUGCUUCCUUGUUUGGACCCAAAUGGGCUACCAAAGUUUUUCUACUGUGUAUGGCGGGGUAGAUGCUCUCCAUCUUCAUCUUCUGUUAUUUUUUUUUUGGUCCUUUUGGUUUUGUAUUUAUUUUCUCUUUGUGAUACUUGUCGAGACAUGUUGCAUUGAGCUUUUGUACAUAAGUAUAUAGCCUUCCAUUUCUUGCUUGCAAACGACUUGCGUCUAGUUUUUUGCCGGGAAGAAGCUUUUGGGAGUUCAAAGCCUUGUUUGUGCUUCCGGGAUUCCUGUCACCUUGAGAUGCUCAUGCUACAGCUGAUGAUGCUGCAUUUAUGAUUGUACAUGCUGUUUGCCUA